AUGGCGAGUGUCGUGCACACGCAGCAGCUGGGUCGUGCGGUGACGGGUGGACAGGCACGAUGCAUGGUGGAGCUGCGGAACACAGGCACAAGCGCUUGGAAAGGAUACCAGGUGGUGAGAGAAGAUGGUUCCUCGCGUUCCAGCAAGCCCUUUGCUGUCCCAGCAACCAAUGCAGGAGGAGAAGCAACCGUUGUCGUGCAGGUCGAUCUGCCGCGCGAUCACAAGGGAGCUUCAUACACGGCAACGUUUCGGCUCCAGGAUGACGCUGGCAACACCGUCCAAGUAGAUGGAGAAGACACCUUCACCGUGAAGCUCCUUUGCUCCGUGGAAGCGCUUCGACCACGCAGAAUGAUGGCCCGCAUGCUGCAUCCCCUCAAUGGACGCGCCAUGUUUGACGACGUACAGCCGUCCUCAUCCCUUAACGCCAAGAUUGCAGCCGAUGAGCUGCAAGUCUCUGUGACCCCUGCCCUGCUGCAGGCUGUGGCUUCGCGCGCAACCCAACUGCAGCACGACUCCUGUGGCCUCUCCGCCGAAGAUGCCCUCGCAAAGGCUGCCCAGGAGUUUGGCUUUGACGACCCAUCACAGACACACGACCUCCUCCAAGCCAUCGCGUGA